AUGAACGAUUUGUUAUGGGGCGCGAGCCCUCCGCGCCGUUCGAGCACGGAUGAGGUGGACUUGGAGGUCGGUGGGGUGGAAGAACCGGGGGAGAUGGAUCAGCGCAUGGAAGAGUUCCAUCGCGAGGUGAAAGACAUCAACGAGAGCAUGGAUCAGAUGAGAGGCAAGCUAACGCGACUGCAGGACGCACACGAGGAGAGCAAACGAGUCACGCGAGCGUCAGCCAUGAAAGCUAUAAAGGAGCGCAUGGAGGGGGAUAUCGACCAAGUGCUGAAGAUAGCACAGGGAAUCAAGCGCAAGAUUGAAGCUCUUAACAAAGCUAACGAGGAGAGCCGCAAGGUGCCAGGGUGCGAAAAGGGCUCCGCCACAGACCGGCAACGAAUGACCAUCACCACCACCCUGUCCAACAAGCUGAAAGCGCUCAUGAACGAGUUCCAGGAGCUGCGGGACAAGUUCCAGCGGGAGUACCGUGACGUGGUGGAGAGGCGCUAUUUCACAGUCACGGGGCAACGCGCGGAUGCAGAGACGAUUGACACGCUUAUUGAUAAUGGGGAGAGCGAGGCGAUUUUUCAGAGGGCGAUUCAGGAGCAGGGGAGAGGACAGGUGAUGGAUACACUGGCUGAGAUUCAGGAGCGGCACACUGCAGUGCAGGACAUUGAGAAGCAGCUGCUGGAGCUGCAUCAGAUCUUCAUGGAUAUGGCAGUGCUGGUGGAGUCGCAGGGCGAGCUGCUGGAUAACAUCGAAGUGCAGGUGGGGCAAGCAGUGGACCACGUGCAGCAAGGCACAAAGCAGCUAGUGGAAGCACGCAAGACGCAAAUCAACACUCGCAAGGUGAGUGCUGCUGCCUGCUGCUGA